AUGUCGUCGGUAACAAAACAAGACAUGAAACAAAUGUUACUAUCUCAAUCAAAACAUUCUGAUUUACUCGAGUACAAAAAGAGCAAACAUGUGGACUGGACUCAGUAUCCAUUUGUUGCUGCUUAUGUGUAUGAGCCCUCACAGGUGCACUGUGACGCUGCUGGUAUUAGUCCCCAUUGGUUGAUUACAUCUGGGUCGUGUUUAUCAAGACAUCAUAAAAACCCCGGCGGAGAAGGACGAUCAGCCUUUGUAACGUAUUGUGGAGAAUCUUGGUGGAAUCCAGAAAGAGUGGCUUACGUCAAAUACAGCCUGGUGCACCCACGUUUUAACCCAAGAGAUAAAACGCGAAGACAUCUCUAUAAUAUUGGUCUUAUUCAAGUAGUGACUUCGAUGGCAUCUGCGUGCAGCGCUUGGUCGUCAAUUACAUUGAUGUCCCAUCAAUUCGUAGCUAAUGAAGAAGGAUCUAUGGCCAAUGCUGUUGGAUGGGGCUUAGACAGAUUCGACACAAGAUACUCAUCCAAUGAUUUGCCUAAAUCGCCGCUUAUGUCAUAUGAAAAUCAAGUAUUCUCUGACUCCUGUCCUGGCAACGAAGGGUACAGUAGAGCAAAACGUCUUGAUGAAGAAGGUGGCGUCAAAAACGUGUACUGCUUGGCUUUGCCGCCGUAUGCUGGUGAGGAUACCGACCCUAUACACGGUGGCAUGUUGCUCGUAGGAGGGAAAUUAGUCGCCUUAUACUUACAGGAGGAAAGACGGCCUUGGGGCGACCAAAGUGCGCAGUACACCGGUAUCUGGCGACUUGUCCCUUGGGUGCUCGAUGUAGCUCGAGAGAAUGAGGAUGUCGACGCUUUCACGCUCGAUAUUUAG